GACAUAGGGGAUGUGGUGUACUGAGACACAGCCCAUGCAUAUAUCUCUAGCUUAAACUGUCGGAUUUUGAUAGGGUGUGUCAAUAGACUUUUAAGGAUUUUAAGGGAUCAAUAUCUUUCAGUUACAUGAUGACGUGUAUCUGUGAAUCUCCUUUCAUUUUGGAAAUGAAUGGUUGCAUGGUUGUUUAAAAGCUCCCUUAUAUCUCCUCUCUCCAAAUAUACAAACAUCCCACUGGGCACACAAUGGUUGAAUCUACAUCGUUUCCACAUCAUUUCACUCAAAUUACGUUUGUUGAACCAACGUGGAAUAGAUGUUGAAUUGACGUCCGUGCUCAGUGGGAUAGUUUUGAGAGUCUAGACUGUAACUCAAAUAGGUUGUUUAAUUAGAUUGCCAACAGCUUUCUUUAAAAUCAAGGUUUCUUAGAUCUGUACCCGGGCUUAAGGCAAUGUUCUGUAAUAUGUUCAUUUAAUGUAUUGGUUUAUUUCAUGAAAGAAAUGGGUUCAGGAUCAAAACCAAGAAAUCAGAGACUGAAUAUAGGCCUUAACUUACUUCUGGCUAUGACAAAUCAGAAUUCUGGUGGUAUUAGCAACCUGAUUACAGAAAACAAUAGUUGCAAUAAAAAAUGUCAUCAUGAAAACAGGGAACAACAGUAGCUUCGAACGUCCGGCCAUGACUAAUGAGAAUUCAGGUGGCAUUCUUGACGGUUUAUCUCUCUACCCUGAAACCAAUGGGCAGACAGGCCUAACCACCCAGCCAAACGGCAUUCACUACAGAGGCAUUUUUUUGAAUGGACCAAUUACUAUCUCUUCUUCACAGGUCUUGAGGUGCAUCUCAUCGAAACCCAUUGUCAUUCACACAUACCGACAGGGGAGGUGAAAGAAUCUGGUCCGGCUUGAAAAUUACCAUGUCAACUGGUUUCAGGUCAGGGGGAAGGAUGUUGACUCCACCCUUUCAGGAGCAGAGAGGUCCAUAUAACUUCAGGGGACGUGACUUAGUCAUUAGUUAACAACGAUUACAACCAAGCUGAGCUGACCUGCAUUGACUCUCUUCUACAACUUCUGUCUGAGCUUCAUUGAUUUUACAACAAAAAACAAGAAUUCUUCAAAAUGGUGUCGAUGGGAAGACAGAUGCUGGGCUUCGUCCUGGCUAUCAUUGGGUUCCUGGGGACCAUUAUUGUGUGUGCCCUGCCUAUGUGGAAAGUCACAGCCUUCAUCGGAGCCAACAUCGUGACUGCUCAGGUCAUAUGGGAGGGCUUGUGGAUGAACUGUGUGACCCAGAGCACGGGACAGAUGCAGUGCAAGAUCUAUGACUCCCUCCUGGCCUUACCCCAAGACCUGCAGGCUGCCAGAGCUCUAAGCGUCAUCGCCAUCAUCGCAUCAUGCUUCGGCAUCCUCUUGGGAAUUUCUGGAGGAAAGUGCACCAACUUUGUGGAGGAUGAGGCUUCCAAAGCUAAAGUAGCCAUUGCCAGUGGGAUCAUUUUCAUCGUGGCUGGCGUCCUCAUCCUCGUCCCUGUCUGCUGGUCUGCCAACACCAUCAUCAGGGAUUUUUACAACCCUCUGCUGGUCGAGGCCCAGAGGAGGGAGCUGGGGGCCUCGCUGUACAUCGGCUGGGGCACCGCAGGGCUCCUGAUCCUGGGAGGGGGGCUCCUCUGCAGCUCCUGCCCACCCAAGGAGGAGCGUGACGACUACCCAGUGAAGUACUCACAGGCAAGAUCCACAGCUACCAGCAGAGCUUACGUUUGAGCUGGAAACUGUUGAAAGAAAGACUGUAAAUUAUUUGAUUAUCUUUGGCAAUCUUCUGUGAAAUGAAAAUACCAUGCAAGUUACUGGUAUUAUCCAGUCUUGUUCUUUUCCAUUUUACGUUUUGAAAGUUAUGUGAAAUCAGAACAGAGUAAAUAUGUGAAAACAAAUUAACUGAGCUCUUCAGAACUUUGCAAGAAAAAGACAAGACAGAACUGUUGCCUAUAAGAAAUGACGUUACAGAGAAGUAGUACUAGUCUAUACGCAGUGUAGAGGGAUCAUCUCAUGGGUCAUGGGGUGAUGACUGAAGUGAAUUGAAGCCAUUCCCAUAACCCUAACUUCUCUUUUACCGUAUAAGGACACUGUGCCAGAAUGAUAGUAUUGAUGUAAGAACAUGGACUAUAUGUACAUUAUAUAUGUAUAAUUGACUUGUCAUAACUUUGUACAGUAGAUCACAGUAUGUUUUGCAAACAGCCAAUAUAUGUUGAUUGAUUAUGUCUAAAGAACGUAAUCAAUUGCAAACCUUAUUUCUUUUGUAUAAAACAUUUCCAACAAAGUUUA